AUGAUUUCACGUCUGCCGUCGCUCCUGCUGUUUGUGCUGCUGCUGUUCUUCUUGUUUCUGGGCCCCUCUGUCUUCACUCACGGGUACGGUGGGCCCCCACAUGCGCAACAGCGCAGAGAGGCUGUUAUCGAAGCCCCUCCCGCUGGCACUUCCCCUAAGGGGCCCUUGGGCCCCCCGUCAUCCAGGAAAGCUGCAGCAGCACGUUCGCUGCCUCCUAGUGUAGGAGCAGCAGCAGAUGCUGCAACAACUGCAAAAGGAGCAGUCACAAUUGCAACAGGACCAGCCGAUAGCAAGCUACAACGGCUGCUGUCGUCUUCUUCUGAAGAAAGGCAUUCAGUAGCCAGCGAGGUGCUCCCGAGAAACCAUGCUGCUGCGGCUACUGCUCAUGAUGCUGCUGGUGCUGCUUCCAUAUUACGAAACAGCGGAGGUACUGCGGCAGGAGACAGAGCUGCUGUUGCUGCUCCCCAGGCGCAACAUACUGUCUCCCCAGGAACUCCCUUAGCAACAGCACCUGCAGCAGCACCAUCAGCAGCGCCGGCAACAGCUACUCCAGCAACAUCGCCAGCAGCAGCAACAGAGAAACCAGCAGCAGGAACAGAAACAGCAGCUUCACCAGUUUUAGUUGUCCCCCGAUCGCAUCAAAGCCUCUCCUCCCAUUAUGCAGCAGCACCAGCAGCAGACGUACCGGGAAUAUCGCCGCAGAAGAGCGCUGAGUAUCCUCAUGGGCCGCUGUCUUCUCGGGUCCCCAGGCCGCACGCGCAGCUGAGCCGCGAGGAGCUCGCAGCAGCUGCUGCAGCUGCUGCUGCUGCUGCUGUCGCUGUUGCUGCUGUUUUAGACGAGAAGCAGGAAGGUCUUUGUUCCUUUACGAGGGGAAGUGCAGAACGCAACGGCAACACAAGCACGCCUGGCGUUGAUGCUGCAGCAUCUGCUACCUCUCCUGCUAUUGCCGCUGCUGUAAGCAGCCUCAGCAGAAGAGGGUCCACCGCAUCGUGUUCAGAUGGCAGCAACCGAAGCUUUCGCUUGUUUGAUAGUCAGCUGUACCUAAACCCGGAAUCCGCGCAGUCUGGAGCCCUUCGAUACCCAAGCGUCGCCGCCCGGUCCGGCAGUACCCGGAGCUCCAGUAGCAGCAGCAGCAGCAACAGCAACAGCAACAGCAGCAGCAGCAACAGCAGUAGCAACAGCAGCAGCAGCAAUAGCAUCCGCAACAACAGCAACAGCAACAGCAGCAGCAGCAACAGCAGUAGCAACAGCAGCAGCAGCAAUAGCAUCCGCAACAACAGCAGCAACAGAAAUAGCGUCAGCAGCAGUACUCGCAGCUCAAUCACCGCCUUCAGACCCACGGCCAAAUUUCUGCCGCCUCUUCCUUCCCUUGAGACAUAA